GCGCAAAAAGAGAAACAAUAUUUAUUUACAUGUUUCAGCGGUAAAAGCGCAACAAAUCAAAUAGGCCGCCAUAAAUCUAAUCAAUUUAAAAAGAAAUAUAUCUCUUUUGGGGCUAGCGCUGCUGUUGAUAACGCGUCAAGUGCUCGACGGCAGUGCGCGAAAAUCCGAGUGCAUAUUCAAAUCGAGUCACUGAUUCGAAUUGUGGGCUAAAAAAUAAUCGAAAUAUCGCGAAUUACAACAAUUGCAGCCGAGCGCAACAAAUUUACAGCGGCAAUUAAGUGCGCGGCCAUAAAUCAAAAAUCCGGCAACAGUUAUCAAAAUAGGGUUAAAGCACCGUUAACCACUCGGCUCAGUUUUAUUUGCAGGCACCAAUCACAAUAACAAUAAAUACAAAAAUACCAAUAAUAACAAUAGCAAUAGCAACAAAAGAUGUGCGAUAAAUAUGCUAAAAUAGUAGCUGACAACUAACCAACCACAGCUAACGGAAAACGGCAAACAGCAGCAGGCAGCAAAUAAACAAUAACAAUCCACUUUACCCCCACCAUUUACUAUUUAACAACCCGGCGUGUGAGGCUCCCCACCUAGGUGACCCCUGCCAUCCAGCAGCACCCGCUAUCCCCCGCAAACAUGGCCUGCUUUCCGCGUCUCUUCCAUCAUCGCAGUAAAAACAAAUUUACGCCCGCUCAAGAUGAGAACACCGACACGAUACUCAACACACAAGAUAGCCCCGUGCAAAUUGGUCUCUACAUACGACGCGAGGAGAAACCACUUUACUCGCCCAUAAUUACGCCUAGUGCCAGUGAGGCGCAACUGCAGCGCCUAAAACAACAGCCCUCCAGUUCCUCCGUUCAGCCGCUCCAGGCUGUAGCCGAAAAUGUGGUCAGCCCUAACAUUACUGGCAACACUGCUGACAACAAUGCCGACGACAGCAUCGGAAGCCAGCACCAUGAGCAGCAGCAACAGAAGCAUCCAAAGAAAUUUCGUUCGCACAAAAGCAGGCUUCAAGCAGAGGAUAGAGAAAAGGAGAAGGAGAAGGUCUCGACAGUCAAUGGAAGUGCAAUUAAUGUCACACGUACCAAUUCAAAAUUAAAACCCGUCAAAGAACGACGCCCCACCGCACUGCCUACCGAGGCGCCCAACGUGAAUGGAGCCCAACGUGUUUCUGAUGUGGAUGCCGAUAAGGAACGGGCAACGGGGGAGCUGGAACAGGUUGCUGAUGUUGUGGACGGAGAGUCAAAGCUCAAAGGGAAUGUGAAUGGCAUAAUUGAUGAGAACGGUGACAAUGAGGCUGUCAAAACUCCAUCGACAGGAACGCCUUCGAUAUUCACACCAAUACCAACACCGCCAGCAAAGGCAAAUGUUAAAUUUUUCAUUGGUCAUACACAGGAACUAAAUGCCGAGCAGCCCUCUGAUGACAUUCUGUCCUGGCAUAGCAAUGAUGCCAACAACAACAGCAACAGCAACAAGCUGACAAAUGGAACAUUACCAACUGCCCAACAAGGACAUGCACAUGGACAGCGGCUGGCCGAGUCAAUGACGGCGACAACGGCGACGUCGCCAAAGGUGCCCGCAAAGAGCUGCAGCAAUGUGUCACUCAAUUAUCUUAGAAGGUCCAAAAGCACGAUAGCCAGCACAGAGCCAGUGACCACCAGCCAGCGGAGGCGUGUGUCGACCAUGCCCGACAUUAACAUACCAACACCGCCACCCAUGCCCCUAGAGCUCCUAAAGCCGGUAACACCGCUGCAUUUGCGCAAGAAGCGAAGUGCGGAGCGUCAAGCUGCUCAGGACUCGCUUCCAGUAGCCACCCUCGAUGCUUCAGUCAGUCAAGAUGAAACGUCCAAGCUAGAGGACAGCGAGAGGGCCAGCAGAAGCAGCAGCGGGUCUGCAACGAAAAUACAUCGCGUGGAGGGAGGUCUCAUCUAUGUGCGACCGAAUUUGCCCGUGCAGCAGAAUAUUGAAAUCGAAUUUAAUGCAAAGGACGAAGCUACACGCAAUCUCAUACUCAAUGCCAUCGAACGAAACGAUUUCCUCAAUAAUCUAAUGGACAAGGAGCGCAAGGACAUGGUCAUCAAUGCAAUGGCACCAGCCAGCUACAAGAAGAACAGCUACAUCAUCAACGAGCACGACGAGGGCUCCGAGAUCUUUGUUUCCGCCGAGGGCUACUACGAUGUCAUACAAGCGGGUCAGCAUGUGGGCAACUUUGGGCCUGCCACCGUCUUUGGUGAACUAGCAAUACUCUACAAUGCGCCACGCAAAGCCACUAUAAAGGCUGCCACCGAUGCGCGAGUUUGGAAGAUUACGCGAGAAACGUUUCGUGCCAUUAUGCAAAUCUCGGGCUCUAGGGAGCGCGAGGAGAACCUGCAGUUCCUACGCUCAGCUCCAUUUCUGCAGGAGCUGGAGGAGAGUCUUCUCACCAGAGUUGUCGAUCUGUUACAGCGGAAAUUUUACGAGACAGGCAGCUGCAUUGUACGCGAGGGCGAGGUGGGCAAUGAGUUCUUCAUCAUACGCGGCGGCACGGUGACCAUCAAGAAGAAGAACCAAGCUGGGCAGGAACAAAUUGUUGCCAAGCGUAAGCGUGGCGACUAUUUUGGGGAGCAGGCACUCAUGAACGCGGACGUACGACAGGCGAGCGUCUAUGCGGAUGCGCCAGGCACUGAGGUGCUCAAACUGGAGCGAGAAGCCUUCAUCAGCUACUUGGGCACCAUAAGGCAGCUAAGCGAGAAGCCCCAUGUGCAGACCAACAACGAGAAUGGACGUUCGAGCAGCAAAGGCGCCGAAUUCGAUAAUGAGCAUGCCCACAUCGCAAUCUCGGAUCUGAAGAAAGUAGCUACUCUGGGUGCCGGCGCUUUUGGGCGUGUGGAUCUGGUCACACACAACAGUAAGGCAUUCGCGCUGAAGAUCAUUAAGAAGAUCGAGGUGAUCAAGCAGGAUCAAAUCGAGCACGUCUACAAUGAGAAGAAUGUUAUGAUCAAGUGCCGCGAUUCACCCUUUAUAGUGCAACUCUAUCGCACCUAUCGCAAUGAGAAGUAUGUGUACUUUCUGAUGGAGGCCUGCAUGGGCGGCGAUGUCUGGACGGUCAUGUCAAAGCGUCAGUAUUUCGAUGAUAAGACUGCCAAAUUUAUAGCGGGCUGUGUCGUAGAAGCCUUUGACUUUCUGCACGCGCACAACUUUAUCUACAGGGACCUCAAGCCGGAGAACCUAAUGCUCAGCAGCGAUGGCUACUGCAAGCUGGUCGACUUUGGCUUCGCCAAGUACGUGCGUCCCAACGAGAAGACCAACACGUUUGCCGGCACGCCUGAGUAUGUGGCGCCCGAGAUAAUAUUGGAUCGCGGUCAUGAUCGCGCCGUGGACUACUGGGCACUGGGCAUACUUGUGUACGAGCUGCUGGUUGGCAAAACACCCUUUCGCGGGGUCAAUCAAAUCAAGAUCUACCAAAACAUCCUGAGUGGCAUCGAUGUCAUACACAUGCCCUCACGCAUACCCAAGUCUGCGCAGCAUCUAAUACGGCAUCUGUGCAAGCAGCUGCCUGCCGAGCGGCUGGGCUAUCAGCGCAAGGGCAUUGCGGACAUCAAGCGGCAUAGCUGGUUUGACAGCCUGGACUGGACCCGACUUAGACAGAAGCAGCUUCCCUCGCCUAUAAAGCGCAACCUGAGGAGUUUGACAGACCUGCAAUACUUUAUCCACGCCCAGGAGCCAGACUACGAGCCGCCCGAAGAGCUAAGUGGCUGGGAUAAGGACUUCUAAAAAAGUAUAUAUACCCAAAGACAUUGUUCAUAAGUAAAUAGAUUUUAAUCAGUUAGACCGUAGGUACGAGGCGAAUACGUGUCAUAAGCUGUAAAUAAAUUUGAUA